AUGCUUCAGUGCACGUCCAUCGAAUGCCAGGUACAGUAUUCUCAUUGCGACGAGUCAGGAUGCAAAGAAGCUUUCGAAGUAGUGGACGAAGGCUUGCCGGAUGAUAUUCACGACUAUUUUGAGCGAGGCUUCGCGAGAAGCCAGAAAGUGCAGCUCGGAGGCCGUGAAAACAACUCGGAGGACUUCGAAGAGGAGCUCCACCAUGCCAAGAUGAGCUUGCGGCUUGCAUCGCUGCUCCCAGGGCAAAGUACAUCACACCCUCGCCCGCUGCAGUUCUUCGACGAGGAGCUGGGCGAUGGUGUGCAUCCUGCACGAGUUUUUGCUGGUGAGGGGGUGUUCCCUCCCGGCCGUGCCUGGUGCGACGUGGUGCUGUCAGAGUCAGAGGUCGACAUGAACAUAGAGUCGGUGCUGCUACCGCCACGUGGCGGUAGCUUGGACUUGCUGGCGCGUUCACAGAAGCCGACCCGUGUUGUGCUGCGCUGCAACGGCGAAGAGUUCGCGUCCUUCACUCCGAGUCCAUCCUUCAAGCUCUUCACGUUUUGCUGUCCGUCAGAGGUCCAUGUGAGAUCCAUCGAGGUGGUCUUGGAGGAUUGCGAGGCCUCUCUUCAGCUAAGCCCGAGCCAUGGGCUCCGAUUUGCUGGCAAGGAGGUGGGAAUGGCACUGUCCGUUCAUGGUCGGCCAGUGAUUGAGGAUGUGAAGGAUGUGGAGGAUUUGGCAGCCUUCACGUCGGCUUUAACGCUUCAGGCAGCACAGCUCGGUUGCUUGCAGCCCCUACCUCGUGGGCUCAGCUUCCGUGCCGAAAAGACAGUGUGUUUCGUCGCCUACGGCUGCACCGGUGCUGAGGAGAUUGAUGUUUACUUGAAUGGUCUCACCUUGCCCUGCGUGACAGACCUGCGGCUUGGAUGCGGUGCAAGGGAACGGCGCAUGUACCGGUAUGUGGUCGUUCCGGUGUCCUGCGAAAUCAGGAGUGUGGUAAUCCGCCUUCACCUUCACGGGCGUCCAGGUGCUGGUGUAAUCAUCGACCGCAGCUUUGGUGUCCGAGUGGUCGGGCAUGAUGCGCUGAGCAGCACGGUCCGCAACCAAGCGUGGUAA